AUGAGCGACUUUCGACGUACGCAAAACACCUUUGGGGACGCCUUCCCGACUGCUGAGCAGCUGCAUGGAGGCUUUAACUUUGACAACUGUCGUCGCAAUGAGCUACUACUUAACCAAUCAGGUGGCAAACAGCCACUCAAAGCCACGAAAACUGGCACGACCAUUGUCGGUGUGGUCUAUAAAGACGGUGUGGUCCUAGGUGCCGAUACACGCUCGACCGGUGGCGCCAUUGUCAUGGACAAGAAUUGUGAAAAGAUUCAUUACAUUGCACCCAAUAUUUACUGUUGUGGUGCCGGGACUGCCGCUGAUACGGAAAAUACCACUGCACUUAUCUCGUCGCAAUUGGAACUUCACCGUCUGAAUACCGACACACAGUCGCGUGUGGUGACAGCCAUGACAUUGCUAAAGAAAAUGCUGUUUCAGUACCAAGGCCACGUCUCAGCUGCACUGGUGCUUGGUGGGGUGGAUAUUACGGGGCCCCAUCUCUAUACGAUUUAUCCCCAUGGAAGUACAGACAAACUGCCUUUUGUGACAAUGGGGUCGGGUAGUCUUGCUGCUAUGUCAGUCUUUGAGCAAGGGUACAAAGAUGAUAUGACGGAGGAUGAGGCCAAAACACUCGUGCAGGAAGCUAUUCUAGCUGGUAUUUUCAACGAUCUCGGCUCGGGCAGUAAUGUUGAUGUGAUGACGAUCAAGAAAAGUAACGGCAAAGUGGAAGUGGUAAAGGAGAUUAACUGUAUCAAGCCCAAUGAGGUGUCGGAGCUACGGUCGCAGAUCAACCGGAACAUUGUCACGCACAUUCCACGUGGAGCUACACAGGUCCUGAGUUCCAAGACAGAGAUAUUCCCCGCCAGCAUUGUUGUCGAGGAGGCCACACCUAUGGAACUAUAG